CUCUCCAGGCGCCUCCUCCUCCUCCUCCUCCUCCAAACAUGGCGCUGACCCGCAGCCUUGCUGCUUCCCCGACAGACGACGUAGAGAGGGACAGAAGGAAGAGGAGAAGAAGCGGACAGAAACUCACUCAAAACGUGUUUUAAAUUUUAUUUGAAACGAACACAACUUUACGCCUUCUGAGAUUAGAACCGGAGACUUUACGCACACUUUUUGGAAACGUCUACGCGUCAGACUGUGCGCGUAACGGAGAGCCCACCUGUCCGACGAAGGUAGAUUUCACUCCGUUUUUUUUCUAGGAUGUGAAUCUCCCUGAUUUGUGAGGUAACGGAUCAGUCUGAAGAGUCUGACGGGUAACUCAGGGUCAGAGCUGGCUCUGGUAUAAACAUGUGCAGCCCUCUGAUGAGCAGAAACAUAGGGGCUGAAGAGGACUGAGGCUUUUCAAGGGGAAAAAAAUAACUUUUUCCGCUCUUCCACGCCGAGAGGAUGGAUGGAGAACAUUUUACGCUGUCAGGAGUUGAGAGGGAAAGAGAGAGGCUUCCACCAAUUCUCAACAGCUCCCCUCCCGCUGGUUUGGGACGAGGAGUGAAGCAACCGUUUCCAUCUUUCGGCACUUUCAUUUCCACACUGAGCCAGAGGAGGGACACGAUGGGGCGGGGCCUGACUGGUGGCAUGACGGGGACCCUGACCAGCACCCAGUGGCUUAAACAUGGGAGAGAGCUGCCUCCAAUCUGCAGUGAUGUUCGUCAAAAGCAGCGGCUCUCCAUUGACACUCUGCCCCCAGAAGUCAAAGCUCCUUUCCCCUGUGACCCCAUCAUCCCCCUCCGUACCAAGACCACCAGAGAGUUUCAAGAGGACAUGGAGCAUGCCGUCCAAUCUGGGGACUGGAGGGAGGUUCGAGAGUUUUACCUGACCACCUUUGACUCCUUUAUAGAAAUUAACGCUGCCUUCAAGAGAGAGGCGAAUGGAUCAUUUAACACCAUAGACGACUCAGGAGUCAACGCCAAGUUUGUCAACGCUGUUUACGACGCACUGCUUAGCACACCUCAGGACAUCCAGAAGUCAGUGCUGAAAGGGAUCAUCAACAGCCUGCUGAGGGAGUGGAAAGGGCCUCGGACAAAAGAUGAUCUGCGAGCAUAUUUCGUUCUUGUUCAGAACCCUCAGUACUCAAGCACCAGUACCUACGUGAUCUAUGCUCACCUGCUGAGACAGAUUGCAUCUCUGUCGGAGGCUGAUCUUCACUUCCUGGUCCACUGGCUUAAAAAACUGUCAGCGAGGCGUUUCAGGCAGUUGGUAGAGCGCCUCCUGCAGUUCAUCUCCACCCGUCUGUUUCCUGCAGAACCAGAUGAACUUCCUCCUUUGGCUAAAUGCGCCUGGUGGGUGCCCUCUGCUACCAAAGUGCUUGGCCUGUUCAAUGCAGCCAACAGUGUCUCCUCUCCUCCCAUCAUGCCUUUCACUGACUUCUACAACAUCACUCUGGAGCACAUAGACUUCAUGGAGGAGUACAGGACUUGGCAGAACUAUGGCAACUCUAACAGGUUUUCCUUCUGCCAGUUUCCCUUCAUCCUUUCGACUGUGGUGAAGAAAGCUAUCAUCCAGAAAGACUCAGAGCAACAGAUGAUCAGCCAGGCCCGGCAAAGCCUGGUCAGUAAGGUUUCUCGCAGGCAGAGAGUUGACAUGAAUCUUCUGUUCCUCAACAUUAAAGUUCGACGAGCACAGCUCCUCAGCGACUCACUGGAUGAGUUAAUGAGGAAGAGGUGUGACCUGAAGAAGAAGCUCCGGGUGACAUUUGUCGGGGAGGCAGGGCUUGACAUGGGUGGCCUGACAAAGGAGUGGUUCCUUCUGCUGGUCCGACAGAUCUUCCACACAGACUAUGGAAUGUUCACCUACAUGAAGGACUCACGCUGCCAUUGGUUCAGCAGUUGGAAGUGCGACAACUAUUCAGAGUUCCAACUGGUCGGGACUCUGAUGGGCUUAGCAGUUUACAACAGCAUCGCUCUGGACAUCCACUUCCCCCUCUACUGUUACAGGAAGCUCCUCGCUCCACCCACUGCACCAUGUGACCAAAAUGCCCUUGUUGGCAUGGCCACAGCCACGUUGGACGACUUGCAGCAGAUCAUGCCUGAGCUGGCUCAUGGUUUGGGAGAGCUGCUGAGCUAUGAGGGAAACGUAGAGGAGGACUUCUACCUCACCUUCCAGGUGUUUCAGGAGGAAAUGGGCAUUGCCAAAUCCUACAACCUGAAGCCUGGUGGAGAUAAAAUCCCUGUCACCAAGCAGAACAGGAAGGAGUAUGUCCAGCUCUACGUCGACUUCCUGCUAAAUAAAUCCAUUAACAAACAGUUUGCUGCCUUCUACCAUGGCUUUCAUAGUGUGUGUGCCUCUGAUGCUCUUAUGUUGCUGCGGCCAGAGGAGGUGGAGAUGUUGGUGUGCGGGAGUCCUGAGCUCGACAUGAGCGCUCUGCAGAAAGCUGCUCAGUAUGAAGGAUACAGCAAGACCGACACCACUAUACGGUGUUUCUGGGAUGUGGUGUUGGCCUUCCCUCUGGAGCUGCAGAAGAAGCUCCUCCACUUUGCCACAGGGAGUGACCGCGUUCCUGUUGGAGGAAUGGCUGACCUCAACUUCAAAAUCUCCAAAAUCGAGGUUCCAACUGACUGGUUGCCGAUCUCUCACACCUGCUUCAAUCAGAUCUGUUUGCCUCCCUACCGAACUAGGAAGGAGCUCAAACACAAACUCACCAUUGCAAUUUCAAAUGCUGAGGGUUUCGGCCUCGAGUAACCAGCCUACAUACACUCACACAUGUACACGCAAACAAUUAGCACACAAACUGUUAGCGGCGCUAUGUGUUUGUCACAACAGCUAAGAAGCACCUUACAUAUCUCUGUGGUCGUGGAUCAGACUUUAAAGGGAUCAACUGUCUCAGCAAGUGCUUUCAUGGUCAGGCAAUGUUGUUAUUGAGUGUGACGCAAUUUUGUGUUGGACAUGACUCAAUUGUGGACAUCUUGAGCAGUGAAGAUGCAAGUUCUCCUGAAACAGAUUCACAGUAACACUAGAAAUCCUACUUUUUGCACAUUUCUGAUUCAAAGUCAUAUAAUAUGAAGAAAUUCAGAUUGUUAUGUGAGUAGAUAUCACAAAGAAAGAUAACUUCUAGAAAUAUAUCAUAGUCACAGUUAAGUCAUUAGAUAAUUAUUUAAUAUGUCAGGUUGGAACCCACUGAAAACACUUCACUUAUUUUGUUGUUUUGUGUCUACAAACCUUUUGUAACCAAAAAGUAAACAUCCCUUAUGUAAAAUAGGUUACUGGUUUGCUCAGGUUAUACUUAUUAUAAUUAAUAUGACUAUUUAUGAAACAGAAAGCCAAAUAUUUGACACUAGGUUAAAUGAGAGACCACAGAUUAAAUUAUAAACACAGCUUUUUUCUCUGAGUUUCAGCCCCAGUCUUAAAUUAAAUUGUCAUGUGAAAACUGAUAUGAUUUAAAAUAUAUGACUGAAACAAAUAGCUCUGAAUUUUAUUGAAUCCAAAAAAUAAAAAAUCUAUAAUGAGUCUGAAAAAGAGAGGGAGAGAAAUAACAUUGUGUGAAUAACUUUAUGAAAGCAAUGACAGCACAACAUGAAGGUAAAGAAAAAGCAGGGAGCAGUGUCACCAGGGUUAUGGAGAACAUUAUUCUUUGAGUUGUAUAAUUGUAAUACUUCCUGUUUUGUGUCAUUUCUGACUUCAAUGCUUUUGAGACUUUUGGAUAUAUUUUUAUGAAGGCAUAGAAAACGUGUCGUAUGGUUUUGCUUUGUUUGCAGCACACUGUAAAGCUUUGCUGGGAGAAGAUUGCUUUUGUGUAUCAUGAGAUAGAGAUUGUCUGUUGAAGUGUUUGACGUUGCUUUUUGACAUUGUUGCCUGUUUUUGUGAACAGAAGGCUGCAGCAGAAAUGCUUUUAAUGUUGUAAUCUUGUUGUAACAAGUUGAAACAGAGCUGUUCAGUAACAGUUCAGUGUAUGUUUGGGUUCUUUUAUGUUGUUGUAAAGUAACAUGGCUGCUCUUAGACUAGGGAAAGACCAUUGACCUGCAGCCAGAAGCUUGCAGAUGUUGACUAUUAAUUGAGGAACAUAUUUUCAGACUGAUAUUUGAGUUUGGCUCUACUCUUGCAUUUUUUUUAAAUCUUGAGCUCAAAGCAUUUUAACUUAAGCACAUGUUUCUGGCAUUCAUUGCUAAUAUGUUUUGUUAUUGUAUCUAUCUUGGAAAUACAAGCCCUCCACAUGUCAAAAGA